AUCCGGGGAGAGUCCGAGGAACUCCGGCCUCAUGUAGGGGAAUUUGAGCGGCAGGUCCGAGCCGGGGCCGCCGCCUCCGCCGGGGCCGCCGCCGGCCAUGAUUCCGCCCAUGAAGCCGGCCACGGCGGAUUUAACCCGGUUUUGUUUUCCAGCAACACGUACUCAUCCCUCUAGCUCCACCCCCAUGAUGAAGACAUUUACCACCGAGUUUGUCUUUCCCUCCCCGCUCCAUCACAUCACCAGUUGGAUGACAUCAGCAUCCCACAUCACACAAAUAAAAGAGCGGGAGCCGUGUAAAAACAAGUCCGGAGAAGAAUCUGUUGUGGAGAUGAUGCUGUGGGCUGCCUUGCUGCUGUGGCACUCCGGUUUCGGUCUCUAUGGAGCUGCUGCACAACUCAUGGAGGUGGAAAGGAUCGAGACAUGCGGCACCAAGUGCUCUCAGGGCCUUCAGUGCAAGACCAAGCCAGCAUAUUUUGUUCCUCCUCCGUGCCAGAAGCCCGCCGACGGGUUGGACACCUCGUCUGUUUUCCGCAACCUCAGCUUUACCACCGUCAUGAGGUGCAAGGGGAGGCAGAAAUGCUCGCUGCACCUUCGGAUCAAGACUUCCGUACACCUUACAGAGUCCAUCCAUGGAUUGUCUGUCUGUUUCGAGACGCCGGGACUGCUGCAGAAAUGCCAAGUCAUUAGCAUCUCGAAGGCGUCCAGGCGGAAAAUGGCAGGGAUGGAGGUGGAGGUGGAGAAUGACUGCGUCGACGUUUAUCCCCGGCAGCAACCAAGAGUGACCGUGACCACGUUCCCGAGCUACUGUGGAAUAAGUCGGAGUAGUACCUACAUGGCUCCAGACUGCUCAUGGAAGGAUUUGAGAAGACACGUUCCUGAAUGCAUCGCUGGCAGGAUAUCGCAUGCCGUCAACCUGGAGAGAAAGGAGGUGCGCGUCACCGUGAGCGACGCUCUGCGGGAUCAAGACUACCGAGUGCGACUGUGCCACAAAGAUUUCAUCUGCACCAGCACGGGGGCUGACGCUCUGAUCAAGAAAGAGGAACCCAAAAAGAGUGUCGUUCUCGCCUUCUCCAGACCUUUGCCAUGCCUGUGCAUCGAGGGCUGGUCUGCGGUGAUCGACGCGCCCAGAGUCCAGGUCUGCCCUUUCAAAGACAGCACGGAGGAGAUGUGGCACGGGAUCCAUUUCGAGCCGCUGGCGGAGGCGCUUUCGUGGGAACCCGCCUGCCCGCUCUCGGCCCACGUGGCGCUGUGCCAAAGGGAGGAAAACGGUGGCUGCUCGGAUCUGGAGGGAGCCUGGCGAAAUAUCAGCAGGGGAAAGAUAACAUUCGCAAAAGUGGACCCUCACCCUCGACUUUGCAUGAAGUUCACUGUUGGCAACCAGUCUUGGAUCAGGUGCCCUUUUGUCGGGAGAUUGCACGCAUGGGAUGUGACCUUGACACAACAAGAUGCGAAGUUGACGUCGUACAUCAAUGCCACUUUCCACGUUAAUGCGUGCACGCCAUCCCAAGGCUCUGCUGUGUGUCGCACUGCGGGGACACACACUACUGUGCACGUGCGGGAGCGCUCGACCGUUGGCUUGACCUUGGCAGACGUUCACACUUGUCUUUAUGUGAGGCGGAUCGAUGUACAGUACGCCGCCACAGUCGUUCGCUGUUUCACCCAGCAACCCAGUCAGGCGUUUCCUCUCGUCGCCACGCAAGCCACUUGGAACUCCAUCCCGCUUCGUCUUUGCCUCUCCGCGGUCGUCCUUGUCGUGGCCUCGGCGUUUCUUGUUAUGUUCACAGUUUAUCAGAGGGGAAAGCCCACGGAGAUCCAGUUCCUUGGAAGAGUCAACAAGCUCUGUGCGUCUCCCUCAGCACGCAAAGUGCCAAGGACAAUUGCUGAAAAUGAUUUUUGAAAUAACCAUAAAUGGCGGUGGAGGCUGGCAGCCGUGUGAGACAGUGCGAACGUGACUGUCGGGAACAGCGAGUUCAGACUCCUCCGCCACCCCUCCCUUCCUCCAUUCCUCCCUCCGUCUUCGCAUCCUCCAUCCCUUCCCCUCACCUACUCUCCUCCUUUCUGUCUCUCCGAUGAAUAAUUCAACCUGUGUUGCACUGCAGGUUUUCCCCCCGUUUCUCUGCAUCAUCUUGGAAUCAGACUGCCUUGAUAACAGAUUGCACUCUUGAGCGUGUAAAGUGGGGCUCUUCCACUCUCCAUCAUUUCGCCCUUCUCCUUAUCGGAAGGAGUGAGUCACAUCGAACCGGUCAGUCCGCAACGUGACGACCGCUCCGCGUCCGGGAAGUGCACAUGUGGAGUUUUUCCAAGAACCUGAGAUAAUCCACAACAACCGCAUCACCUGAAGUGAUGUGUUUUCUGAGUGGGCAGGCAGGGAAUUAUAAUGAAACUGAUUCCAGAAAGAUAUCAGGACAUUGUCAGUCUCUGGAGUCUAUAAGACAAUCCUUUUCAAAUAUGUUCCUCACUUAAUGCCGCUGAUUUAUUUGAUGGCUCAACGAUAAUCCUCAUCUCCACCUAGCGUGGAUUUAAUAGGGAUAAUAAAUGACAGGCACUGUGUGCAAUACAUCAACAGAAAGAGUCGGUGGUCCUCGUUUUAAACAUACUCUGUGUAUAUUUGAUUUAUAGUGAAUACACCCAAUAACAGGUGUAAAUUCAAGCUGAAAGGUAGCCUUAAGGCAGUUAUUUCCAACCACUGUGCAGCAGGAUGAUCUAAUUUCACUUAAUUGGUCUUAAAAGGAUUUUACAAAUAAUGUGCUACCUUGUUGAAGGAGUUUAAUUUGUUCCAUGAGCACUCAUCCCCACUGAAAUGCCAUUAAUCUGUUUGAACCUUGCAAAACAACACCACAUUUUUUUCUGUUGGUAAAGAAAAAUAGAACUGUAUUAUACAAAAGCUUAAUAAAACCCCCCCAAAAAGUGUAUUGCAGUAUUUGUGUGUUGGAUGUCUGCCUUUCAGGCCACAUGCAACAUUUCCUUCACUCGAAUCCACGCAGAGGCGUGUGAUUUAAAGCUAU